UGAGACAGAAAAGAGGCUCUAGAAGCGUCCAGCUCGCGGUUGCCUCCUGCUGCUGCUACGUCACAGCGCUGAAACAAGGAGGGCAGACGCGCGAGUCUGUGAACGAGAUUAGCUACGGAUUUUUCCUUUAUUUUGCUGAAAUAUCUCACCGUUGAAGGAAAUACGGGAAAUCAAACAGAACGGUGGCCAAUACGGGGAUCGGGGAGCUAAGAACAAGAUAGUUACGAGAUGCUGCCAGCAACUACGAAGUGGUAUGACAGACGCGACUGUGUUGUUAUUGAGUUUUGUGUUGAAGAUAGUAAAGAUGUAAAGGUGAAAUUUGAAAAAUCAAAGAUGAAUUUUACCUGUCUUGGUGGAACAGAAGGACACAAACAUCAAAAUGAGAUUGACCUUUUUGAAGUUAUUGAUCCAAAUGAAUCCAAGCACAAACGGACGGAUAGAUCUGUACUGUGUUAUUUACGAAAAGUUGAAUCUGGGAAGUCUUGGCCAAGGUUAACAAAAGACAAGGCAAAACUAAGUUGGCUUGGUGUUGAUUUUAAUAACUGGAAGGACUGGGAAGAUGAUUCAGAUGAAGAACUUUCUAGUUUUGACCGUUUCUCAGAGAUGAUGAACAACAUGGGCGGGGAAGAUGAACUGCCCGAUGUGGAUGGCGCAGUUGAAGAUGAAUAUGCUGACAGUGAUGAUGAAAAAAUGCCUGACCUUGAAUGAAGAUGGGAUUCCCUGUUACCGCUGGAAGGAUUUUAAAUCUGAAGAACAAACUAUAGGCAAAAGCUAGUAAACCAUUGCACUUUUUAGAAGUUUACAGCAGUCAUAAAAUAGCUUCACUGAGUGUGGAUAUACAAACCUGUACAGAACCGUCUUUGGCCAUUGACAGUGCAGUGCUUUAUUGUUAAUCUGCAUGGACUGUUUCCAGGAUGCCCAUCAAUAAAAAAGCACCGAUUUUGAUUAAACAAAAAGACAGAUUAGUCUGGGGCUGAUAUUCAUAAGUUAAGCCUUUCCCCCCCCCCUCCCCCUUAUUCUGUGUAGUAGUAACACAAUGGCAGCAGCAAGCAUUACAGUUUUUAGUAAAGUUAAUUUUCUAAACUGAUUUUUUGUAGUUUACUCUAUGUUUCCAAUAAGGGCAGUUGUGAAGCAGGUUUUUAAGUAUUUUUUUCCUGCUUUUGUUACAAAGUUACAAAUGUUAGUAUUUCACUAUUUUGGUAUUUAAAGUGAAUGGUGUUACUUUUAGGGGAGAUAUUUGCGGUCUUUCAUGAUAAACGCUUUUCACAGUUGUGUUUAUGACAGGGUAUUUAGCUUUUUUGUAUCUUAAUGCCUUUUUUUUUAAACAUGACAUUUUUAGUUACAUUUUAUCACUCAAGGGAAAGCAGGGGGGUAUUCCAUCAAUAUCGCCAAAUUAAUCUGUGCUUAACUGAAUUAGCUUGGCUUGAGUUAUUGUUGAUUCCCACUGAAAGGUCAAGCCAUUCUAUGAAAACAAAUUGGCCACACCUUGUUCACGUUAACUCAAGCCAAGCUUGUUAAAGCCCUCGUCGUGCACUUUUGCAGCCCUGAACAGACAAUUGUCGAUAUGAGCAAUGAUUUCACAAAAAGAAGGCAAAACGAGAGCGGUGUGAUCUCCACAGCCAACCAAACGCUGCUCGUGUAGAUAUGUGGAUUACAAGGCUGUAAUCACAAGAAAAAAGGUAACACUACCACUAUUAAUAAGGCAAGUGAGGUGACAUGGAAAGAUAUCAGCUAGAUUAAAUGUGUGAGUAGCUGUUCCUGUUAAUGAAAUGGUGAAGCGUCUGAUUGGUGACAAAUUGCUGGUUCGAGCUUUCAUGAAAUUCAGAAAUGCAUAUAGCACAGGUCACGGACUUUUUCAUUGAGUGCUGUAUUAAAAGAACAAUAUACAACCAUAUUUCAUACUAAGUGUGUGUGUGUGUGUGUGUGUGUGUGUGUGUGUGUGUGUGUGUGUGUGUGUGUGUGUGUGUGUGUGUGUGUGUUCGUUCGUUCGUUCCUGUGCCUGUGCUUGGUGCUCUCAGAGAAGGUGGUGCCCAGAUCUCCAUAUGGUUAAUCCAGCCCUUUUUGGUUUUGUUGUAAAAAGGGCCCUCCUCACUGAUAAUGCUGUAUCAGUUAAAUAGCCAACUGAUUUUUUCCCCUUCAUUAUUGUACGCUGACAUGUAUGUCACAUUAUAAGUGUCCCAUACUAUAGGAAUGUCUGUCCUAUCUUCUGAAAUAAUCAUGACAGGUGAACAUACGUGUGUGGAGCGUGUGCUUUGACGUCAAAGAGUCAAAAUAGGGGGAAAAAAUUGACAGCUGUUUUUAGGGGAUUUCGUUUCGCUUCUGCCAGGUGGGACUCAUUUGCCACAAGGCUAAACUAAGUUUAGCCUGUUCAGUUAAUCUACUUGAGUUAGCCUGCUACAAAGCUGCCACUUAAUAUAAUGAUAUUGAUCAAAAUAAAGCAGGGUUUUUUAUUUUGCGACCUUGAAGGAAUACACCCCAGGUACGAAGAAACUUCCACAGGUAAACAAAGUGGUGGCACAAACAGAAAAAGAAGCCUGAUAUUUGUGUGACCCGUAAACAAUUUCAAAUUUUUCGAAUUUGCAGUAGUUUAUUGUCUGAAUCUUAAAGUGGAAGGAAAUUAAACAACCAAGUAGUUUUACUCUGGACUUUAGUGUGACAGGUGCAGUGUUUUUGUCUUUCUAAUAAAUUGUAAAGAUAUUUGCUUUCAUACACUAUGCCCAUCUUUAAAUUGUCUUUCAGCUAGUGUUUGAGGGCAUUGAUGCAUUAUAUAACAACAUGGAAGUAUGUUUGUUUUUUUUUUUUUAAAUAAAAAAAAAAUGUUAUAUGAUGUAAUGGGCAUCAGCCCCUUUACAGAGCUCACAGAAACUCCUGGGAUGGAUGCUUAAUUCAAUAAAAAUGUGGCAAAUUUAUUGGUUUCAAAACAAAAGUCCAUUGACAAACAUUGUCUAACAUAUCUGCAGAUAUCUUCCACACAGACAUUUUCUUUUUAUUAGGUGCCAUAAUUGUCUUGACUGACUCAUUUACUUCUGUUUUUGCCCUCUCGCUAUUAUUUGCAAUUGUUGUCAUUGACUCCCAAAGGGGUACUAAACACAAAUGAUUGGCGUUUCAUGUUCUUUCAUGUUCGUGUUACUAAUUAAAAAGCACCCAAUAAGAUUGA